AUGUCCAGCAGCGACAGCGGCAGCGGCAGCCUGGGGGACGCCACCAUCACGAGCGAGGACUAUGGCAACGUGUCGCUGCUGUACGCCAAGCUCGUGGCGCAGUUCCUGUCCACGCUCAUGAGCGCCUUCGUCGGCUCGCGCCACGUGAUGCAGGUCGUGGCGCUCAAGAAGGAGGAGCGCGCGCGCCGCCAGCUGCAGACGCCCAUGCUGGCGGACCGCUGCGAGGCCAUGGGCAGCGGCGGAGUGCCCACGCCCCCGGCGCUGCUCAACUUCUCGCAGGACGCGCCCACGAGCCACCGCACGACCGCCACGCACUCGAAUUCGUCGGACGAAUACCGACGCAACCGCCAGGCCUCGUACCUCAUUCGCGAGCGGGAGAACGCGCUCUACGCGCCCGUAGGGGGGCCCGACCUCACGACCAACGAGAGCGACGACGACCGGCCGCGCGUGUCCGUGGCCUCGCGCAUCCUGCGCGUCAUGUGCAUCACCGACUUCAUCUUCUCGUUCUCGGGCCUCGUGGUGACCGCCGUGGAGCUCUGGGCGCCCAAAGCCGCCAGCAGCUUCCAGCUCACCUUCUGGGCGCAGGCGCCGCACUGGUGCUCGCAGGUGGCGAGCUUCUGCUGGGUCGCGACGCUCGCGCUCUACAUCGCCAAGCACCGCAACCGCGCGAGCUUCGACGUGGCCAUCGCGCACGCCAUCAUCUGGAUGGUCGUCGUCUUCUACUGGGUGCUCGAGCUCUACUCGAGCUACUACGAGACCAAGGGCUUCGUCAACGCCGCCAAGAUCAUCUGGAAGAUCAUGGCCGUCAUGUGCUUCCUGAUCAUCACCUUCUGCUGGCUCAACUUCGCCCGGAGGUGGAGAAGACAGGAGCGCCGCAAGGGCGCCUACGUGGUGUCCAAGCUGGCGUCUUACACGCUCGCGUUCUUCGUGUUUGUGGGGCCCAUCGUUAUUACAGACCUUGCGCUCGGACUGCACAGCUCGGGCGAAGUCAUGGACACGUGCUCCGUGGUGCUGGCCAUGUGGCCUUUCGUGAACGCUGUCAUCUACCUCACCAAGCCCACGCUCUGUCUCAAGAUCUUCCAGGCCAAGUCGAACCGCAGUUUACGUGGACAGUACGAUUCAGGGGACGGACAGCACAACAAUGGACUGAACCGGCUCGGAAGCCGACGAUUUAUGAGUGGAGGCGCCAAUGGAUCAGCUGGCACAGCCAACGGCAUGGGGACGGGGAACACAGGCGACGGGACCAUCCCCAAGCUCCUCAUGUCGCCGUCGCAUCACGAGCUCAAGGGCUUGGAGAUUGGAGACAAGAUCGGCGAGGGCGUGGCUGUCGUGUACCUCGGCAAGUGGCGUGGAGCUAACGUGGCUGUGAAGAUGAAGGCAGUGCUUGCUGCGCUAGAGAGCGCAGCGGACCUGGCCGAGUUCCAGCACGCCUGCAAUGCGGAGAUUCAGGCGGAGGCUGAGGUCAUGCGCGGCUUGUGCCACCCGAACAUUGUGCUGUUCAUGGAGGCUGGCUUCUACCGCGGCUCCAUUUGUAUCAUUUCAGAGUACUGCGCUCGGGGCUCGCUGCGCGAUGUGUUGAAGCAGCAGACGCCCGAUGUUAAGAACCUCAACUGGCCGACGAAACUGCGUCUGGCUCUCGGUAUCUCGCACGGUAUCCAGUACUUGCAUAAUGCGAACCCGCCUAUGAUUCACCGAGACCUCAAGUCGCCGAACGUGCUGGUGGACGACUCGUGGCACGCUAAGAUCGCGGAUUUCGGUACGCUCCGCUUCUCCGAGAUUGUGUCGUCAGCGGCGCAACUUCAGGCGUCCCAGAUCAAAACCAGGAGCUCUGCGAAGACGCCCGUGGUGGAGAUGACGGGACUGGUCGGUACCACGCGGUGGAUGGCGCCUGAGGUCAUGCGCGGGGAGCGCAUCUACACGAGCAAGGUCGACAUCUACAGUCUUGCGCUUAUUCUAUGGGAGCUCAUUGAAGGAAAGCUGCCGUUUGAGAACACCCGAUGGAACCACGAAGUGGAGGAUUUCGUGCUCAAGGGGGUCCGCCCGAACAUUCGCUCGGAUAUGUGUCCACUGCGCUGGAAGCUGCUGAUUGUAACGUGCUGGCAAGCGGACCCGCGCGAGCGCCCUACUAUCCAGCAGGUGAUCAACAGUCUGCAGCGCAUCGGUCGUGAAGAAGUCUGGGAUCCAACAGGUCCGCGGUUCACAGGUGUGAGUCAGUUGGGCAUGUCGAUGUCGUCCUCGAUGUCGCAGUCGGUGUCGUCGUCGUACCUGGAGUCGCCCACUUCCAUGGGGCCCACGGGAGGCUUCGACCGACGCAAUUUCAGCCGACUGGACGAAAACCACGCGAGUGAAUCCGACUCAGAAGCUGAGAGCUUCGCUGAGGAGUUCUCGUACGUCCCGACGUUGGAAUCGCUGGCUUCCCCGGCCAUUCUUGGAGCAUCGGGUGCUAGUAGCUCCAAGAGCUCCAAGAAGUCUCAUCGCUCUAGGUCGCGUCACGGCUCCAUGGACACGUCUGCAAGCAGCCGGCUGAGCUCUGUGAGCUCUACCAGUAGCACAGUAAGCAUGGGAGUCAACGACAGCGGGUUUCACCCGUCCGACAGCAUUGGUAUCAGCAUCAACGACCCAAGCGCGAGCCCCCUCAGCGUUAGCACUCGCCACGGCAGUAUGAGCUCCUCCAUCAGCGGUCGGUCAGUGGGGAGCUCGCGCACGCCCAAGAUCAAAAAGAAACGCCCCGAGUGGCGCCGCCGCACCGGAACUAUCCAGGAAUCUCAGCCCACGGAUCUUAUAAGCGCGCCACCGCACACGUUUGUCGAGUCCUCUCCGAAUGGGACGCCGUUCAUCGUCAAUAUUUAAACUUCUCACAUCCUGUGGGGUGUAAGGUAUGAGGCAACCAGCAAUUGCAUAGCCAGUGUCUGUUGCUGUUUUACAAUGUGUGGUGCUCCAGUAUAUCACCUCUUUUUGCUGCU